AUGAGGAAAAAAAUUGCCGUCGAAGCUGACUCCGCAGCCGCAACUCUUCUGCUUGCAUCUUAUGGGAAACUUAUCGCUCGUUAUUAUUCUGCGAAUCGACUGGUCCCGAAUAAAGAUGUUGACGCUGCGCUUCCACACGUUACAAUUGAACUUCCUGUGUCCAAAGAAAGUUUAGAGCAGACAAUUGCCCCUUCUGUUUAUUCGCUCAAGAAGGCCAUGCAAACAUACGCACGACAAGGCGAGACUUUGGUUAUCUUUGUACACGAUGACGGCAUACAGCUGAUCAGUGAAGAAAAACGUCAAGAACGCAUCGCAUUCUAUGCAAAGCAUAACAUACGCUGGGUCGCACGUUCGAAACAUGACAAUACUCCGGGAGGUUCUAAACGUGCUGAUCCUUUCAAGAAAGUGUCGAACAUGAAUCAUGGACUCGCAUUGAGCUCGAAGCUGGAAAAACAUCUGAAAGUAUUGGAAAAUGCUGUUGCAAGAAACGCGUUAGCCAAAGACCAAUCUGGGUGUCUAGAAGGCAAGGCGCUUCAAAGAAAGCGUGAAACAAUGGAUGCCAUGGAGGUAAUUCUGCUAAUUGGGAAUGAUGGCUUGAGGAUUGUUUACGAGAUGCUGCUCGUGAGCUCGCGGAAUGUCCAGAAGUUGCUAUCACACAGCAUGAAUCAGAUGUUAUGCAAGUUGCUCGCCAUUACUUCGAGAAUGGUAUUUACGCAUUUCACGCGACGUAUUAACAAGUGCAUAUCGAUUGGUUGUGCUAACGGCGAAGUUACACCUUUUGUUUGGCAUGAUGCCUUCUUGAGAUGGACAGCUCUGCAAGGUGCAGCAUUUAUCGACCCAGCAGAUAAUGUAAAGAAAAUAUUAAAUCAUGAAGUAUGGUUGGCUUGUACCGUCGUCUCUCCUGGGGUUGGGGACCUCGGGUUUACACUCCUCGGCCUUGGGCAUCGCAGUUUUCUAGGCUCCUUGAUUGAGAAAUUGACAUGGAUACCAUUUUUCAUUCAUCUUACGCAAGCCAUCUUGGCGCACAUGUUCUCGUACAAUAUAACAUGGGGUGCAACAAAGGAAGAAGUAUAA